GUAUAAUUAUCUCUUCAUACAGCAGGGAGCUCGUUCCUGUUGAGCAAAACCCUGGGUGUAAAGUGUACCCAAUCCCCACAGCCCAUGGUGCCAGGAAAAGACAAAGUCCUCAUGCUGCUUGGUGCUUUGGAGGUACGUCCUGUGGAAGCCCCCGAAAUUGAGUCUGGUGCAAUGAAGUUUCCUGGUCCUGGGCAGAUACACAUUUAAGACUGAAUGGUAUCCUAAGACGGAGAUUAGUCCACAUCUUCAAAUAGAGGAAGAAGAUUUGUGGUCAAAAGAGAAGAAUAUUACAAUCCUUCCCAGUCAAUAUAACCUCAUGCACCAAGGAAAUCAAUAGGGAAAUAACCAUGGACCAUCUCCAGAGAGACCCCAUCAUCCUUCCGGGCCAGUCUGGGCCAAUAGCUUUCCCUUACAACGCCCAGGACAGUCGGCAGAAAUUCCUAAACGGGGAGCCAGUCAUUCUUGGGGUGGCUCAGAUCAUGAUUGGCCUGAUGAAUAUUUGCCUGUGGAGUAUGUUAAAGGUUCUCUUCUUAUUCAAUGUUCAUACGUCCAUAUUCAUAGAGAACCUUGAAUUUUCCUACAACUUUUUCCUAGCGGGACCAAUCAUGUUUAUCACAUCUGGCACUCUGUCCAUUAUGUCUGCCAAGAAAAUGACAAAGAAUAUGAUCCAGGGCAGCCUGAUUAUGAACACAGUGAGUGCUGUGGCAUCAGUUCUGGUAAUGGUAUUGAUCGCUUUCAGUGAGGUUUAUUUAAUUGAAGGUAUGCAGACAGAUUUAAUUCCUGGAAGGCCCUAUUUCUACCCAUAUUUAUUCUCUUCUCUCUCAGCGGGGAUUGUGACUGUGAUCCUCAUCCUCUUCCUGUUUGAACUCAUCAUCUCCCUGUCUUUGUCCGCUUUUGGAUGCAGUGCUGUCUGCUGUGACCAUGGUCCAGUGGUGGUGUACUUACCAUCCAAUGAUCACACAUUCCCGAGAUCCAUUCCUGAUGAUGACUAUGAGAAUGAGCCAAACUCUGGAUUCUGGUGGGAUGACUGUGGAUAUUGUCCCAAUACAAAACCAAGGUACCACGUUAGAAAGGACUGAAGCACCUGGGAC